UUGCAAACUUCAGAGGUCACAAUAAAAUUUCCUCUUUUCAUCAAGUUAUAGUAGUUUUACUUUCCUCAAACAGUGAUUAAUUCAACCCAACCCAAAAAACGAAUUGCACAAGCACAAUUCUGAAACCCUGUGGGCAGAGAAAAUGAGAUAUGAUUGAGCUCAAUUUCACAAACCAUGAAUCUCUGUUCUCUCCUUCCGGCCUUUACACCUCCGCUAGUACCUCCAAUCCACGCCAACCUUCCUUCCAGGACUGAUGUCACUGAGAAAGCUGAAGCCAUUGAAUGUGAAAAUCUUAGCUACUCCAUCACUACAAGGCAGCGCAAGUUGGUGCCAAUUCUAAAGGACUGCUCGCUUUCUGUUCCUUCUGGGCAGUUGUGGAUGCUUCUUGGGCCAAAUGGGUGUGGGAAAUCUACCCUUUUGAAGAUCUUGGCUGGUCUUCUGAAACCAACUAUGAACCGUUAUGUUAGAGGCCUAAGAGUUUUGUUGUUAUCCUACUGUAGAGCUGAUGUGGCAUUUGGCCUUGAGACCAGUUCAAACUCUAAGGUGUGCCAGAAACAAGGGUUGCAAUUGCUGGUGCUUUAG